AUGUUCCGAUCUUUUUUUAUAUUUGUGGCGAUUGUUGCGUGUCAAGCCAAUGUGCAGGUACCGCCGCCUGUGAGGUGCGGGCCUUUGCCCAGUGCUAUACACACAUGUAUGGGCUCACCAAAAAUCGUCAAGCCAGAACUGACGUCUCAGUGUAAUAAAGAUACGGAGUGUGAAGAAAUGACAUGCUUAUUUCAAAAAUCUGGAUGGAUAAAAGGGGGUAAAGUAGAGAAAGAAGCAAUAAGGGCAUAUUUCGAUGAAUUCGCCAAGAAUCACCCGGAGUGGUCCGCAGCUGUGGUAAAUGUGCAGAGUUCCUGUUUAUCCGCAGACUUGCCGAGCCAAGGCGUCUUUCUGAACUGCCCUGCGUAUGAUAUAAUGAUCUGCUCGUAUAGUAACUUCAUUAAGAAUGUUCAACCUUCGCAAUGGAAAUCGUCAGAGGAAUGUAAAUAUUCUCGUCAGUUCGCGGCUGCGUGUCCGUACUGCCCUGCAGACUGCUUCGCCCCCCUCGUGCCCAUAGGUUCCUGUAACGCCUGCCUCGCUUUGCCGAGGUCGCCU